AUGGACGACUUCUCGGACGACGGCUUCGACGAGCUGAACGUGGCCCUGCUGCAGGAGCUUGAGAAUAACGCGCUCGAGUCUCUGCAGUCCCAGCGGCCGCGCCAGCCGAAUGCCGGCCCCGGCGGCCUCUUUCGCUCACAGCGACUGCCUGGUGGGGCCGAGGUGAUUGAGAUCGACGACGACGUCGACCAGGCCGAUGCAGAGAUGCUCCGCGAGCUGGCCCACGUGGCCCAUGUGCCAGCCCAGCAUUCGCGGUCCAGCCGCCUGGCCGUGGCAGCGGCACCGCCACCCCUGCCGCUGCCAGCCUACUCCCAGCAUAGCAUCGCCAACAUGCCGCUGCCGGCUGCCAGCAGGCAGCCGCCACUGCAGCCGCAGAUGCAGACACAGGCACGGACACGACCAGUCCACCCGGUCGUUCCAGCAGGCGGACGAGGGCCGGGGAGGACCAUCACAGUAGCGAGGAGGCCAUCGGUCGCGGCCGGAUUGAUGGCCCCGGCUGAUUGUGCAACCAUUUCGGAUCUGCAGACGCGCGUCCGCCUGUUGGAGACGGACCUGUACACUGCCAACGGCAAGGCAUCCGUGAUCCAGACACUCUACAACAAGGCGCAGGCCGAGCACGAGGCCGAGAUCGCCCGCAUCCGGAAGCAGAAAGACGACGAGCUGGCAGAGCAGCGUCAGCGGGCCGAGGUUGCCGUGGCUGCCCACCGGACGGCCGCGACCGAGCUCGAGUUCGCCAGACAAGACCUGAAGGAAGAGGUGGAGAAGAGCAGAAAGGGUCGCCGCAGCGAACGUGUCGGCGAUGGGGCGCCCACCACGCCGCGCAAGGAUAGGUCAGCCCGGUCCAACUGGGACGUGGCCGACGGAUUCGACGACGUGGAGCUGCUGCCGAGUCCGAGCAAAGGUGCUGGCCGCAGACUGAAGGAUGUCAGCGGCGGGGCCACCAUUCCGGCCCUGGAACGCACGCCGACAAAGGGAAAACGCCGCCGGCCGGUGGCAGACAGCCCGACCGGUAAGCCGUUGGAACUGGUCGCAGUCGCUACAGACGACGCGGCUGGCACCACCAGAGAUCCACCACUACCAGCACAGCCUGUUGUGCCGCCCGAAAAGCCCCCGCUUCUGUUCCUCCAGGAAGUCUUGGGCCACCAGAGCCACCCCGACGAGCCUUCGACGAUCGAGCUGUUUGCUCAGUACAGCUUCCCGUCCAAUCGGAGCCAGUCGCUGGCCUUCUUGAUGCUGCAGCGGAUCCCGAAGCUCGAGGGAACCCAGGGCACAACGCGUCUGAUGCUCGACUUCUGUCAGCUGGUCUUGGGCAUCUGGUCCCAGUGUCUUCGCGAAGAAUACUACUCGCCUGUCCGGGCCCUGGUGUCGCUCUUGACCUACAUCCUGACGGAAAACCCGACCGAUCUGGCAUCCCACAUCCUGCACUCGCUGUUGCCCCUGGCCCAGGAAACCAGCUAUCUCGUCGCCGGUCCGGCUUUCAACUGUCCCGGCGGCAGCCUCGCCGACCAUCCCGACUAUGCCGUGCGCCAGCUUGCCGCCGAGAUCGACACUGGUGCCAUCAUGUCGCUCCUGCGCCUGGCUGCGCUUGGCUGCCUGACCCCAUCCACAGCCGACGAGCCGGCACAGCGGCCUUCCCAGCCAGCCACUCAGUAUGCUUACCCGGAUCUGGCUGCCUCGGCACAGACGCUCUUCUGGAGCUUGAUCUCGUUUGAGUUUGUCCUGCUCAUGCUGUCGUCCAAGCAGCCGCCCGACGCCUUUCUCGGCAUGCUCUCGCUGCUGCGCACGUCGGCCCUGCCAGACUCCAUCGGCCCCAUCACCAACGAUCCGAGCAGGGAUGCCGGCGUCGUCGCGUCCAUGGUGAUCGACCGCAUCACCCACCACAUUGACGACCCUCCCAGAUGGGCGACGCCCUGCAAGUACACCGAAUGGGAUGUGCGCCUGUCGGCAUUGGGCGUGCUCGACUGUUUUGCCCAGAGCUCUUUCGGCAGGCUGAGCCUGGCCGCCAGCAACUGCGCCUUUCCGCGUCUGGUGGCCGUCUUCUUCUCGGCCUAUGGGGAGCUUCGCGACAGAGACCUGCUUCGUGAGCCGCUGCAUCUUGCCGCUGACGAUCUGUCCUUGCCGGACGAUCGGCUGAGGGCCUAUGGCAUCGGCGGCUUCGACCUGGCGCAGACUCUCGGCCGGCCCAUCUCCGACACCACGGACAGCAGCGUCGAGCAACCAGGCUCCAGCUGCGAUGUUGACCGCAAUUUUGUUCCGCUGGUGCUGGCCUACGUCUCUGCCGUCGUCGACCUGCUGCACAGCAUCGUGACCGACCCGUACACUGCGGCCGUCGCCAACAUCCCGACCAAACUGGCCGAGACUCGGGGCGGAGCCCAGAGCAUGUAUCUGCUCAUCAUGGCGAGAAUGGGCUUCCGCAUUGAUCCUGUCUUUUCUGUCGGGCUGCGCGACGAGACGCGCCAGCUUGCACUCGAGCUUUUCAAUCUGGCAGCCACGCCAGAAGAACAGAAAGACUACUACGAGUGGGCAGAACAAUCGUGCAAUUUCUGGCACGACGGCACAGCCGAUCCCUUCUCCGAGGCUGCUGAUGCAGACUGUAUGGUCCCGUGA